CGGGCUUCAUUCAUAUCAGUUGUUCCCACAGACGAAAAGUCAGCCAUUAGUUCUCAUGGUUGAACAAUCAAUAACAAAUACUUACGUCAGACUUCAAAUCAAACUCGUCCCUUCUUCAAACUUCGUCGUCAAUCCGAAUUCUCCAGACUGUACGGACUCGCACACAGCCGGCGUCGGCCACCCUCAUUUCAAACCCCCCCCUCUCUCUCUCUCUCUCUAUCUCUCACCACUCCCAUGUCAAAACACCAUAUCCACCUCCCUCUGAUGACCACCCCAACCCCAAUCUCUCUCCUCCCCCUCCCCAACUCCAAAUUCACGUCAAUCCCCACCGAUGUCACCACCACCACGACCACCUUCUCUCCCCUCCUCUAAAAUCACCACCAAUCUCACUGACUCUCCGUCCACUCCCUCUCCCCCACCCUCCACCCCAUCUUCUCUCUCCUCCUCUUCUGAUAUGUUGAAUUACCUCUGGAUCCCUUUCUUAAUAGCUCUCUCUAGGGAACUCACUUCCGCAAAGGCUCAAUCGACAAUUCUCUUACCCACUGUGUCCGCUCCGAGUUGUCCCGCACCUGACCCGAAGCUCAAUUACCGUCCGGUCAUCGGAAUUGUGAGCCAUCCUGGCGAUGGCGCCUCCGGUCGACUCAACAAUGCGACCAACGCGUCGUAUAUCGCGGCAUCCUAUGUGAAGUUCGUCGAAUCGGCCGGUGCUAGGGUGAUUCCUCUUAUCUACAACGAGCCUCCAGAGAUUCUUUACAAAAAGCUCAAUCUUGUGAAUGGUGUCCUGUUCACUGGCGGGUGGGCUAAAAGUGGGCUCUACUUUCAGGUUGUUGAGGCAAUUUUCAAGAAAGCUCUGAAGAAGAAUGAUGCAGGAGACCAUUUCCCUGUACUCGCCAUUUGCUUAGGUUUUGAACUUCUAACGAUGAUCAUCAGCAAGGACAAAAACAUUCUGGAAGAAUUUAGUGCAGCAGAUCAAGCGUCUACUCUCCAAUUCAUGAACAACAUAAAUAUAGAAGGAACAGCGUUUCAAAGAUUUCCUCCAGACUUGCUUAAAAAGUUGAGCAUAGAUUGUCUUGUGAUGCAAAAUCAUCAUUAUGGUAUAUCACCAGAGAAGUUUCAAGAGAACGUGGAUCUAUGCAGUUUCUUUGAGGUCUUAACAACUAGUGCCGAUGAAAACAAUGAGGUCUAUGUCUCCUCAGUUCAAGCCCACAGCUAUCCUGUAACUGCUUUCCAGUGGCAUCCAGAGAAAAAUGCAUUUGAAUGGGGCUUAUCAAUGAUUCCACACUCAGAGGAUGCUGUUCAAGUGACUCAACAUGUUGCAAAUUUUUUUGUAAGUGAGGCUAGGAAGUCAUUAAACAGACCACCUGUUCGAACAGUGCUUGACAACCUCAUUUACAAUUACAGUCCUACUUAUUGUGGGAAGGCUGGGAAAGGGUACGACGAGGUUUACAUCUUCACUUAGUCUUUUGACCCUGUAUUCUUUGGAAGUGUUUGUAACAGUGUAAAUGGUCGUGACAAUUAUGUCGGAGUUCUUAAUAUUUCAAUACCUUGUAAGAUCAUGCGAUAGGUUACGUAAUUAUCAAAUUAAACACUUUAAGAAGUUUGAUUGGUUAUAUAUAAUAAAGAUCUAUUGUUAUGAAUU